UCCGCCGCCUUCACACACCUGCAGGAUGUUGACCUCAGGAGUGGAGUGUGUGGGUGAUGGGGGUGGUGGGUAUUAGUGAGGGUUGCCCCCACCUCCCAUCCCCCCCUGUAUAAGUUAUCAGGGAGGAGACCUGGUCCCCCCUAUACCAUAGCUGGUGGAGCCGGAUGGAUGGAUGUGUGGCGAUGACAGACACCAUACUCACUGUGACGUGUGAGGGCAAUGUGUCCUGUACCGAUCUCCCCUACCAGCCAGGGGCAACUAUCGUCUCCCCCAUUAUCCUGUCCCUCAGUGGAGUCGUUGGUCAGAUCUGGGCACUGUACUACCUGUACACCAGCACGCGGCCCCAGCACUCCCGCACCGUGUUCUUCCUGCUGCUGAGCACCCUCAUCUGGACUGACCUGGCUGGCAAGAUCAUCACCACCACCCCGGCGCUGGUCGCCUACCUUCACCACACCUGGGCUGGCGGGGUGCCAAUGUGUAACCUACACGGGUUCUCCAUGAUGCUGGUGAGCCUGGUGACCCAUCUGCUGGUGUCCACCAUGGCUGUCGAGAGGUUCCUGGGCAUCCGACACGGGUACUUUUAUAACAAGAACAUCACCACCUCCAGGACCAAGCUGGUGUUGCUGUGUAUGUGGGUGUUCUCGGUGGUGUUCUGCGCCCUGCCACUGUUCGGUGUGGGCCAGUACGCCCUGCAGUACCCCGGGUCGUGGUGCUACGUCAACAUCCACGUCACCGCUGCUGACCCUCUUCUUCACCGCCUCUAUACCAACCUCUUCGGCGCCUUCACUCUCCUCAGUCUCCUGGUUAUGGUCACCUGCAACGUUGUUGUUAUUACCACGCUGCUGUGCCUGCGGCUGUGUAGAGGAGGGUGCUGCAACCACAGCCGCUGUGCCCCGCACCGUUCCUCCCGGCAGCGGGAGCUGGAGAUGCAGAUGGUAGUCGUCCUCGUGGUCAUCACUGUCGUCUUCGUCCUCUCCUGGACCCCCAUUGACGUGCGGCUGUUCGUCAACCAGGUGUGGCCUCACACAACCAGGGAGGACCACUACCAGGACCUGGUAGCUGUCAGACUCACCUCAUUCAACCAGAUCGUCGACCCCUGGGUCUAUAUCAUCUGUAGGAAGGUACGUCUGUCUCUUUAUGUUAGACCUGACACACUGGAGGGCCACAUCCAACUGAACUUCAGAACUUUGGGACGCAAUGCUCCAGAGGUCACUUUCAUGGGACGUAACGCCCCAGAGGUUACUUUCAUGGGACGCAACGCCCCAGAGGUCACUUUCAUGGGACGCAACGCCCCAGAGAUCACUUUCAUGGAACGCAACGCCCCAGAGGUCACUUACUCUGUAGUUUGUGGCUGA